AUGAUGUCAGAAAUCAGCACUGGUGAUACCUUAGCAAGCAUUUCAGAAAAAAUAGACGAAGACGCUUCUCACUCACAUAUCCAUCCUCAUGUUUUAAGCUUAUCUCAUCAAAAACCUGUCGCUUCCAUAGUAGGAAAAAUAACUAAUCUCUUCGAAGUAGGUCCGAGCACUAAUGGUUUCGGUUCUAUUAGCACCAGCUCAAGCUCAAUUUCAAAUUCGAACUCAAACUCAAACAUAAGCUCGAUUUCGAUUUCAAACUCAAACUCAAAUUCAAGCUCAAAGAAUAACAUUACUUGUGAAAAGAAAAAGAAAAAUACAGGGUCUCUCCACGGUUCUACAGGUAAAGUAGCAACAGAUAAAGCUAAAAAAACUCCAACUUAUAAUUGGAAUUCACUUCCGAAGUUUGGUGGUCCCAUCGUGCCGCAACAGCAUUCCAUAUCUUCAAUAAAAUUGCCUGUGUCCGGUGCAAUUAAAAGGGUAUAUUAUGAUCCUCACUAUAAUAAGAAUUUUAACAUGAUGAACAUCUUCCUGUCAUUUAAUAUUGACACUGAGAAGUGCGAUUCUCUAGUCCAUGCCCGGAAAAGACUGCAAUCUUUCGUACAUUUCCUAACCCAAUAUUUGAAAACAAGGCAAUACAUUUUCCAAUGUUACCCAUUCAAUAUGAGAACUACUCCCGUAGGGAAAAUUGCCUCUGUUCAAACGAAUAAAUACGAAUCGUUUGUCGCAGGCCAUGACUACAGUGAUGCAGAAUUCUUAUUGGAACUGUGGCAAUAUAAAGCACAGAUUGCAAUGUUACAAGCAAAUUCUCUGUUCUUUUCCCAUGAUGUCGUGGAAUACCUGUUUCAAAAAAAAUUAGUAGUCUCUAACAAGAAAAAUGAUGGCUCAACUGACGAUGAGGUAGCUUAUACUCUCCCUACAAGCGAUAACAUUGAAGUAGUCAUUCUUCGAAAUUUGAUGUCGCAGCCAAUCUCAUGGCAACUUGCCUACGAUGAACAGACUUUAAAUAUUUGUGACUACUCUCUUGAUUUCUCGCCUUGGACUGCCAAGGAUUCAGAAGUAUUGCAAUUUUUAUCAAAUCUUGAUAAACCAAUAUCCGAUACAGUAAGAGUGGUCACUGACUAUUCACAAUUGAAAAACUACUCUCUCCAAGAAAUUAAAGAUUCUUCACUAGAUUGCAUGGGUAGAAAGCUAAAUAAUGACAAUCAUGAAGAAGUAAAAUUCGGUGACACUUUAUUAGGGGAUAAGAAUUAUGAAGAUAUGAUAAAAGAAAAUUCAACUACAGCAGCAUCAACCGAUUCGGAAACUAAUUCGACUCAAUCAUCGCAUUCUCAUUCUAAUUCAUCGCAUUCCCAUAAUUCUUCUUAUACUCAUACUAAUUCUCAUGCUCACUCCAACUCUCAUAAUAAUAUUUUGAAGCAUCACCGUCAUAUACUACCAUUUUCAGAAAAUAAAAAAACAUCAACAGAUAAACCAAAGAGGAAAAACCUAAAUUAUGAAAUCCAAAACAAAUGGCUGGAAGAUUAUUUUACCAAAGUUUUAAAGAAUUAUAGAAAAAUAGAUUUGCCUACCCAGUACAUUAUACCAAAUGAAAUUAAGACAACCGUGUUGGAAAUCGCAGAAAAGAAUAGAGCAAGCUUGAAAAACUCUCUGUCAUUUGCCAAAAAAUACACAAAAUUGAUACUUCCUUUCCCUGAUAAUUCUAUUCCAGUGGUAUAUUGUCCACAUUUCUGGUCGGAACUGUCAGUUGAUAAGUGGCACUUUUUGUUAAAUGAAAUUAUAAGAUGCACAGAACCUGGCGGUUACGUGUUUGGGAAUGUCUCCGAUUUGAAGUUGACAAAUAUUAAUUCAGACUCAUCUUCGAAGAACUAUUCAACCACAUUCGCCUCUACCAUUGAAAGAGAUAGAUUCCUUGAAAAUCUGUCAUUAGAGGCAAUUAACAACAAAUUAACAGUUUAUCCAACCAGACAUUUGGAAAAAUCAUUUGAAGAUGCAGGGUUUGUGAACAUUAAAUGCACAGUGCUUUACAAUAAGACAGGAGAUUUUACAUCACCUGUCGGUUGUAUCAGCGAAUUAUUAACUAUGUUAGAAUUUGAUUAUAUGAUCAGAAGCUUCUUUAAUAUUCCUCCUCAAUCUCAAUCUUCCUGUAACAAUGCGGCUGUCUUUGAAAAAUACGUUAAAGACCAUAUGUAUAAUGUCGAACCUGGCAUUGGUGGUUUAAGAUCAUUGUUCAUAGUGGCCCAAAAACCUUUGAAUUAG